CUCCACCUCCACACGAGGCAAUAGCUUCGUGUGUCACCUCCUCGCCACGACGGAGUAGAGAGCUCAAGACCCCCACCACCCACACAGACGUCUACGGAGCGAACCACGAGCGGCGGCGGCCUUCCGGCAGCAGAGGACAUCCACGUGACCUGCGGCGUCUGCGUUCGAAGCGUUUGGGGGCGGCGGGGAUGGAGCAGCAGUACGAGUCCGUGGCCGAGUUGGGCGCUGGGGUCUACGGGGCCGCGACGACUUUGAAGGCUCGCGACCUACGGGAGCAGGGCCGCUUUGUGGCGCUGCUCAAGGGCCUGCGCCUGCAGACAGGCGGGGGCCCGGAGGAAGAUGCCUGGCAGCUGCUGCAGCUACAGCUGCUCACGAAGCUGGAGCACCCCAACGUGGUGAGGCUGCUGGACGUCUUUGUGGAUAUUCGUGACGAGGGCGGCGCGCGUCACGCCGUGGUCUGUGAGCUCGUAGACCAGGAUCUGUCCACCUACCUGGGGAAGUCGCCCCACACACCGUCCCACCACAUCAAGGAGGUGACGCGCCAGCUGCUGUGUGGGCUGCGCUACCUGCACGGCCACGGCCUGGAGCACCGCGAGCUCACGCCACGCAGCGUCCUGGUGACGGCCUCCGGGCGCGUCAAGAUCGCCGGCUGGGGGCUCGCACGCUUCCUGGACAGCGCGAGCAGGGCUCCCACCCCGGCGGUGUCCCCGUCGUGGUACCGCGCCCCGGAGCUGCUGCUGCUGCGGGUGACCUGCGGCCCGGCCGCUGCCGACCUGUGGAGCGUCGGCUGCAUCUUUGCUGAGAUGUUUACACGCAGGCCUCUCUUCCCCGGAGGCUCCGAUGUCGAUCAGCUGACGGAGAUAUUCCGUCUUCUGGGCGUGCCGAGCCUGGAGGAGUGGCCGCUCGGAGCCUCCCUGCCGCACGGCGCUUUUGCCGGCCUCCCCGCUGCUCCGCGGGCUCUGGCUGACUCCGUGCCGGAGGUCGGGCCGGAGGUCGGGCCGGACAACGAGAAUUUGGCGAUGGCGCUGAUGCUGGACCUGCUGACCUUCAGCCCCCGCAAGCGCAUCUCCGCGUUUGUCGCCCUGUACCAUCCGUACUUCUCUGAGGCCACAGACGUGGCCACGGGCGAGAGUACGGCCACAAGCGAGGGUGCGGCCACGGGCGAGGAUGAGGCCUAAGGAGUGGGCCCCGGGGCAAGGCCUAAGGAGUGGGCCCCGGGGCGAGGCCUAAGGAGUGGGCCCCGGGGCGAGGCCUAAGGAGUAGGCCCCGGGCAGCAAGGCCUAAGGAGUGGGCCCCGGGCAGCAAGGCCGAGGGAGUUUGCUUCGUUUUUCGUUGGUCGCUUGUGUUGCGCCCGAAACGUUGCGAUUUGAUUUGUUUUAAUGUUUCACCGACGUGACUUCACCGAAUAAAAGCAAGGAGUA